CGAGCGCAGACAGAGCAGAUUGGGAGGAAGGACGAUGUUGAUAUUGCGCAAGGUCGAAUUAUGUGGCUGCCGGCAGUGGAAGACUUGCCUGAGCGCGCGGUAAGAAGAGCACAUGGGAAGGGUGCUGUUGAGGAUGGCAUCUACAAUCACCCAGUAGUGGUGGUGUCGAGACCACUAGACGACCACCACUGUGUUCACUUCCAUCUUAUCACAUCUUUACAAGGCAAGAAGCUCGAUCAGCUCUAUCCUAAGUCGAACGAAUUCCAUACCAGCCGACGCUCUUGGUAUCUGCCCAUAUCACCGUCCCCUAACCAUCCCGAUGCGAAUUCGAAGAAGGCGAAGAAGCGCUUCCCAACACUUGCACUGGCAGACGGCGCAUCCCUGCGAUGGGACUCAUAUGUCAACAUUAGGCAUGUCUAUAAAAUCGAUUGGAGGCUCUUGAAGCCCUAUUCGAACCUCAACACUCUCUGGGUUACACUCUUUCGACUUGAGCGAGAAUCGACAGUGCGUAUGAUCGCCAAAGGCAAAGUCCUUACAUUGUACGAGCCCAGCGAGCAGGUACCGGUUCCAGUAUUAUUACAGACAAGAAGU